AUGUGGAUUCAUAAUGGGGAGGGAAGAAGCAUGUCCCGUCUGUCUCUAACACGGUCCCCGGUGUCUCCUCUGGCUGCUCAAGGAAUUCCUCUCCCAGCUCAACUCACCAAGUCCAAUGCUCCCGUGCACAUCGAUGUAGGAGGACACAUGUACACCAGCAGCCUGGCUACCUUGACAAAGUACCCAGACUCCAGAAUAAGUCGUCUGUUUAAUGGCACAGAGCCUAUUGUCUUGGACAGUUUAAAACAACAUUAUUUCAUUGAUCGAGAUGGUGAAAUUUUCAGAUAUAUAUUAAGCUUCCUAAGGACAUCUAAGCUACUGCUCCCAGAUGACUUUAAGGACUUUAAUCUUUUAUAUGAAGAAGCAAAGUAUUACCAGCUGCAGCCAAUGAUUAAGGAACUUGAGCGAUGGAAACAAGAGAAGGAACAAAGGAAACAUUUCCAGCCUUGUGACUGCUUGGUCGUAAGAGUGACUCCAGAUCUGGGGGAAAGAAUUGCAUUGAGUGGGGAGAAAGCUUUAAUAGAAGAGAUCUUCCCAGAGACCGGGGACGUCAUGUGCAACUCCGUAAACGCAGGCUGGAACCAGGACCCUACCCACGUUAUUAGGUUUCCUUUGAACGGAUACUGCCGGUUGAAUUCAGUGCAGGUGCUCGAACGAUUAUUUCAGAAGGGAUUUAACGUGGCAGCUUCAUGCGGUGGUGGGGUGGAUUCCUCUCAGUUCAGUGAAUACGUGCUGUGUCGCGAAGACAGACGACCACAACCUACCCCAACAAUCAGAAUAAAACAGGAACCCCUGGACUAGACCCUGCCCGUACUCCUUUGUAACCGUAGAAGUGUUUAAUAGUCCCUUAUGUGAAACACUGAGGAUUUGCAAAACAGUAUUAGCGAACAGAUUUUGACUUCAUGUUGCCAAUUAGUGGUAUUCUGAAACUACCUGUCAUGUAGCCAGCCAUGAAAUGCAUUCGAAAAACCAGUUGUCCGUUUUUCACGAUGAAAUUCCUGAGCAUGCUCAGCGUACCAGCCCUGCUGGGAAUGUACUUUGGGCUGAACAGCUGUGGUGGUGAAAAAGGCAAAGCUUCAUAAACCCCUGACCCUAGACUGGGCUUCUGCAGAAAGACCAAUUAAAGCAAUUUGAAUAGAUGAGCAGGAGAAACGAUUCCGACAGCCUUUCCUACGAUACCCCGAUG